AUGUCAUAUGUCAAGACGGGGCUCAAGGCGUCGCGCGACGCCCUGGCGUCCAAGUCAUACGCCCAAGCGCUCGAGUCUGCAGAUAAGGUGCUACAGUAUGAGUCGGAAAAUUACAACGCCCUUGUCUUUCGAGGACUGGCCCUCUUACAUCUCAAGCGACUAGAAGAAAGCGAGAGCACGUAUCGAAAGGCAACGCAGGUAAAGCCGGACGAACAGCUUGCGUGGCAAGGCCUGGAAAAAUUCUACACGGAACAGGAGAAGUUCGACGAGGCGGCUGACACGAUUCGACAUCUAAUGGAUCUUUAUGUGAAAGCGCAGGAUCAUGUCAAAUGCGCCGAAACGCUGCAACGAUUGAUUGACAUUCGAAGGAAGCAAAAUGAUGCUCGCAAACUUGUCGAAGCAUUGUCCCUGCUGCUCACCUCGUCCCCUUUGCACGAGCUCCUCUCCCAACUUCCAGCGCCAGACCAAGCGAAUCCUAAGGCUACGACAACGUUUGAAGUGCAGAUGGACAUUCAUGUCCGAGCUCUGCAAGUCUACUCUUUCAUCAUCGACCUCCUCGAACGACUUGAAUCCGACGAGCUCAGCCGCGAGGUCGAGAAGCGGCGUCUGCGUCUGGACCGUGCCAAGAAAAGCCGCGAAGCGCUGCAGAACGAGGUCGGUGCCGAGAUCUGGUCGCGCUCGAAGCUGCCAAGCCUAUACGAGGCCGUGUUCGCGCAUCCAUCCGCAACGGACGACGACCGGCGCCGCGCGGAGGCCAAGCUGCUGCGGUACCGCUACAAACUGCUCCUCGCGCUGCCCAACCCUUCCUCCGCUGCUAGCAGACAGACGGAGCAGGGCCCGCGCGGCACCGCCGCCACGUACCUCACGACAGCGGAGCUGAAGCAAAAGGAGGAACGGCAGGCGCGCGAGCUGGCCGCCAAAGCAGAGGCGCGUGACCGCGUUGGUGAGAUGGCGUGCGGCAUGGUAACCAUCAGCAUAGCCGACGAGCUCGCUUGGAAGAUCCGAUUUGACUGGCAGGACUGCGAGAGCCUGUACGACUUCCCCUCCGUGCAGCUGCGCAAAUUUCUCGAGCUCUUUCGAUUCCGCCCGCCAUCGACAGCGGAUGCGCUUGUGCUCGCUACGAGGGCGCUUUUGUUAGCUAUCGGUGAUGGUCUCUAUUUGGAGGAAGAACGCCAACGGCAGCAAGAGCGCGACAUCGAGGAUGGCAGCGGCGCCUUUGGCGAUCCACUCGCUUUGGCUAUUGCUGCCGUGGAAAGCGACUCCAGCUCGUUGUUCGCGCAUCGAGUCGCCGCUACAUUGUAUCUUACCGACGGCGACUACCAAUCGGCAACAGAGGUCGCGAUGGCCGCGUUGGGCCUCGUGAAGCGUCUCGAGGGCGACGCAGCGCUCAGCCUUUCCAACGUCAAGCAGGGGCUCAACUGCAUCAUGGCCACAGCGCUCACUCACCUGCAUCCACCGCAGAACCACCUGCGAGGCUUGAGGUACGCCGACAGCGUUCUUGCGCGCAAUCCGGCAGAUAUCGAGGCACUGCUUGCGAAGGGCUACAUCAAGCAAGUUUCCAAGAACCUGGAUCAAGCCAAGAAGCUGUUUGAGGAGGUUGUUCGCCUGACGCGAAGCCUGCAAGAGACAGCCCAAGACGACGCCGGCCAGGCGCCCGCCCCAUCUGCUCUAGCGCAUUCUAAAAGUCCCCUACUCGAGGCUAGGGGUGAAGUAGCAUGGUGUGACGUUCAGUCUGGUCGCUUGGAAGAUGCGAAGCAGGAACUCAAAAGCCUGCUCGACGUCAUCGAUCCUCUCAACACCCCAGGCGUCACUGCAGAGCAGCGCGCGAAGACGUGGUGGCGUUACGGACAGUGCCUGUGGCGCAUGGGCGGGUCCUCGCAGUUGGACCCAGCCAAUGCAUUUACAUGCUUCAUCACAGCGCUCAAGCGCUCGCCCGCCUUUGCACCAGCCUUCACUUCGCUGGGGAUUUACUACAACACCAUCUCGCCGCCCGACCUCGACCGCAGCGCCAAGUGCUUCCAAAAGGCAUUCGAGCUCGACGCACGCGAGAGCGAAGCUGCGCAUCGACUGGCGAAAGGCUUCGCUGACGAACGUGAGUGGGAUCUAGUCGAGGUAGUCGCCCGUCGCACGAUUAAGGGUGAAGGCGGAGAGGACGCGCUGCAAGGGACUAAAACGCCCGCCAGGCUGCACUUUAGCAAGAACACGUGGGCGUGGCGUGCAAUCGGCUCGGUCGAGUUGCAGAAUCAAAAGUACGAAGAGAGCAUAGUCGCCUUCCAGAUUGCUCUGCGCAACGAGCCAGAGGACCCUUCGUUAUGGCACUUGCUCGGAGACGCGUAUGCCAGGUCAGGAAGGCACACAGCAGCACUUCGUGCCCUCGAAAAGGCGCAAAGAUUCUCUCCAGCAGGCGAGAAGGGCACUUGGGAGAUUCAGUUCACCAUCGCCGAUGUGCACAGGCAGAUCGGAGAGUACGACGCUGCCAUCUUCACGUUCGAGCAGAUCAUCCAGAAUCAUACGGAUCAGGUCGCUGUACGCGUCAGCCUUGCUGAGGCGCAGCUGGACAGCGGACGACGGCAGAUCGAAAUGGGCUACACUGCCCGCGCCCGCUCCUCAUUUGUUCGAACGGUUCAAGAAGCAUUGACUGCUCUACACGAAGUCCCCCAUCUUCGGUCUGCCUGGAAGAGCGCAGCCGAUGCGCUUUUUGAGCUCUCACGUAUGGCACAGCCUGACAUCUCUGACCAGCUUGGAACUCUCAAGGAGUCUUUCGCUACGCUUCUAAAAGAACAGCAUGUCGACCAAAAGGUGCCCGCCGUGCCACUUGGUAAUCUUCCGAGCGCCCUAGAAGCGCGAGAAGACGCAGCGCAGACUUGCCUCCUUCUCGCGACCCAUCUCUACAAGCUUAUCGUCGUCCUGAAUGGCUCCUCAGAGUCUCUGGCAGGUGCGGCGUGGUACGAUCUUUCUGUCGCACUUUCGGCACUGUCGCGCAGCCCUGCACUGCCGAGCACCUCCAAACAAGAGGCAAACGUGCACGCUUUGAAAAUGGCGAUUGGCUGCAUUAAGCAGGCUCUCAAGGUGGAGCCAUAUAAUGGCCGGUAUUGGACGGUGCUCGGAGGCCUCUCCUUUGACAAGAGCAUCCAACUUGCACAGCACGCUUACAUUAUGGCCAUCGAGUGCAACCCCAGAAGCCCAAUUCCAUGGAGCGACCUCGGCUUUCUCUACUUGCGGCACGGUGAUGUUGAGUUGGCCAACGAAGCCUUCAUUCGUGCGCAAACUCUCGACCCAGACUGGGCUCAGGCAUGGGUCGGCCAGGGGUUCGUAGCUGCCUCUCAUCAGGACGAGCGCGCGGCUCGUGUGCUCUUUGAGCACGCAUUCCGCCUCAGCGAAGGAUCUCUCCUAGAGGCAGACAAACAGUUUGCAUGCGCAAUCUUCGCGCUCUUCUCUUCCGUGAACCCGCCUCGGAGCGUCAACCUCCACUCUCCAGCGUUUGCACUCUCUUGCUACCUUUCUAUCAGGCCAAUGGACACGUCGGUACUGCACCUGGCGUCUCUCUUUGCCGAAAGGCUGGGCCAGCAUGCAUUGGCGGUCGAGCGUAUCGAGACUGCUGCAUCUCUCCUUGAGGCUGAAUAUGAAGCGUCUGAGGAUCCAGAGAUAGCGAUGAAGUAUGCCAUAUCGCAAGUCAACCUCGGCAGGAUCCGCCUUUCCCAGCGUCGUCCUUUGGAAGCACUGGCGGCAUUCGAAGGUGCCCAAGCCCUUUUGGAGGAUCCUGAACAGCUCGAACCAAGCGCGGAGGGCGAAAGACUCAGCGUGCAGCCUUUCAACAUUGUCUGCGCGCGCGUCCAUGCACUUGCCGGCGCUGCAAUGGCUCACUAUCUCAGGAAAGAUUAUGAAGGAGCGACGGGUGGAUUCGAUUCGGCUCUACAAUUAUUAACACCUGAUCUCCUUGUCACGCAGCCAAAGUUAGCGCAGAUGAAGAUUCAUAUCACCUGCUUAUUAGCACAGUGCACCGAUGCUAUGGGCAACAGCGAAGUGACGACGGGUCAACUUAUGGAGUUGUAA